AUGAAGUCUUUGCAGCUCCUUACCACUGGUGUCCAGAAACCGAUCGAGGAGCAACGUCGGGACCUUCUUCUCUGGCUUGGUACCGUAUUUCCCGACAAUGAAUAUCAUGCUGCGCUGUCCUUGAAACUGCAUGGAACCUGCUCUUGGAUUUUACACCGCACCCAAUUUCAGGAAUGGCUCUCAAUGGCUCAGCAUGAUGGUCCAAAGGUUCUGUGGAUUCGCGGCGGCCCCGGCUGCGGGAAGACAAUCCUCACUGCCUCGAUUGUCGAGCAUUUAUCUUCAGAUACUGGCAUAGCUUCUCCUGUAGUCUAUUUCUUCUGUACAAGCGAAGAUGAAUCGCGACGUGAUCCAGAUUUCAUUCCUCGCUCGUGGCUUGCACAACUGCUAAACCGGUAUGAUGAUGCCGUGAAGAUAGGUUUAUCGACAUACGAGCCGAACAAAUACCGUACUGCUACCACUUCUGAGGUUUGGGAGAUACUUGGUCGCAUCUGUCAGAACAUUCGGCAAUGCAUAUUUAUUAUCGACGGCCUUGACGAGUGUGAGCCACAUCAGCAACAACAACAGCCAUGGCUUUCCACUACAGAACGAUUCCUGGAGGAUCUUUGGAAAUUUGCAGUAGUUUCACCGGUUAAGAUCCUUAUAUCUAGCAGAAAGGAUGCUGAGAUCUUUUCCAACAUUCGAUCAACUUGCCAGGAUUGUAUCACCUUCUUUGAAUACGAUAUUUGGCCUGAGGACACGAGCAACGAUAUAAUGGAGUUCUCCAAAACCGUUGUUCAUAACCGACUCAAAGUAAACAAGGACCAGGAUCUGAUAGAGGAAAUAUCUAGAGAGACUGCUCGCAGAGGCAGUGGUAUGUUCCUUUGGGUUCGACUUCUGGGGUUGCAGCUCGAUCCUGGGAAGAACAAGACUCAACUUCGGCAAGCCGUGAUCAAAAUGCCCAGGGGAUUGGAACAAACGUAUAGGAGAGAGGUCGAAUUCAUUAUGAAACUCGAUGAAGAAGAAAGGGCAAGGGCUAUGAGUAUUCUACGAUGGAUUCUAUUCGCCCGACGACCUCUCACAGUUCAUGAGCUGACAGAGGCUCUCCUCUCGGAAGAAAGUUCAACUUCCUCCUAUCCAUCCAGCGGCUUGCCAGAUAGUUGGGACGAGUACUAUGUUAACGGUAUGAUAAGAAAGCUCUGUCGAUCAUUAAUCGAUGUUCGAGGGGACCCUGCAGAUUCCUCGAUGGAAACACAUACAGUUCACUUCAUGCAUUCGUCUGUCAGGGAGUUUCUAACACACCAUAUAGCAGCUGCAACAGAACAUGGGAUAUCAUUUACAGAAGCAUGCAAGGAGCACGAAGUCCUCGCAAGAACAUGUUUAUCCUACCUGUGUUAUGAGGAGCUAACCAUCUCCAGUGGUAUAGAUAGUAAAGUCAGUGAUUUCCCGUUCACACUUUAUGCAUCUCGAGAGUGGUCGGCACACUUGACCAGCAGUGGCAAUAUCUCCCACGAGAUCGAAGCCCUGAUUCGAAAGCUGCUGGAUCCGGCUACCUGUCGCUGGAAGGUCUGGUCAAACCUCGUCCUUCCCGGGAGAGUCGAUUCUCUCUCAAGAGAAGGCACCGACAAACCAAUACCAACAGGCCCUUUGUUUUGGGCAUCCUACCUAGGCCUUAGGAAUACAGUGCAGUGGCUUUUGUCGCUUAAUGUUGACAUCAACGCCUCUGACAAGAGAUACGGAUCAGCACUGCAAGCUGCGGCUUCCCGUGGCCAUAUAAAGACACUUCAGCUUCUGAUAGAAAGUGGCGCUGAUGUUAACAUCUCCGGCGGCAAAUAUUUCUAUGCGAUAAUUAUAGCUGUCAAAAUAUGUCCACCUGAAAGGUUAAAAGAAGUCAUUGGUAUACUUCUUGAAGCAGGCGCGGAUAUUGACUCCUGUGAUGGUGAUGGAAGAAAUGCAUUACAUUAUGCCUCUCUCACUGGGUUGACCGAAGCGGCGGCUUUUCUAAUCCAACAUGGUGCUUGCAUCGAUGCCUCUGAUAGGAAUGGAUGGACAGCCCUUCUUUUAGCUUCUGCCCAUGGAUACCCCCAGCUUGCUGAUCUCCUCGUUACGAAAGGAGCCAACAUGGAGGCUGUGAACAAGGAGGGCCAAACGCCAUUAUUUAUAGCAGUGAAAAUGAAUCACCACGACACCCUCAAGUGCCUUCUUCAACAAGGCGCGCAAGUGAACUGUAAGACAGGUGAUUAUGACUUUGUACCCCUUCACAUUGCAGCAGCAAAGGGGUCCAUCGAAGCGAUUACGACUCUUGUCCAUCAUGGAGCCCUCGUCGACACAAAGGCAAAAGGCCAGCCGCCAAUGACACCAUUAUCUGUUGCAGCCUUCGAUGGCCACGUCUCAAUUGUCCAGUUUCUUAUUGAGCAUGGCGCAGUUGUCACUGACUCGGUUUCUGAGCACCCGACGCCCUUGGUAUUUGGUAUUGCAGGGAAACGCUAUCCGGUUGUUAAAUUCUUUCUGGAUCAUGGAGCACCUGUGGGCACCACCAUUUAUAGCGGAUAUACGCCAUUGCAUAUUGCAGCUUAUACGGGACAGGUGGACAUUAUCCAGCUGCUUCUCCUGCACGGCGCUGCUGUAGAUGCUGUGACGACAGGCGGUGCAACACCGCUGACGACGGCUAUUGCGGCUGGAAAUACUCUCGCAGUCAGCUGCUUGCUCGAGCACAACGCGACGCUCGAGCCCUCAACCAACAAAGCUUCGCCGCUCACUGUUGCCAUUAAGCAUGGCUUCUUAGAAAUUGUGCAGUUGUUGCUUCAGCAUGGCGUGAACCCAGAAGCAUACGAUCUCGGGCAAAUCACGCCUCUAAUGGCUGCUGUCUCAUGGGGCCGUGGCGAAAUUGUCCGCCUUCUGCUGCAAUAUGGUGCUCGCCCAGAGCCACAAAAUAAAGACAGUGUCACGUUCAUUCUUUUGGCGAUCAAACAGGGGCACACUGAUGUUGUCCAAACACUCAUUGAGCAUUUUCCUGAUUUAAAUCCAGACCCCUCCACAUAUCUCCUGUGUGCGAUUGAGUUCGACCGCCCGGAUGUUGCCAGGAUGCUUCUUGAGCGUGAACCGUAUAAAGUUCUAGCAAAAGACCCAUUCUAUGUGGCCUUUGCCGCGUCCAAGGGACGUGACGCUAUAACUCAAAGUCUGAUUCAGCACUCAAUGGAAAUAGACGUGAUUGACUAG